AUGACGGAUGAAGGGGAUGCAGGGCGGAGGAAGAUUACCCAGGAUUGGGAGAAGUUUGCAGAUGAGGACAGCAUCUUCUUCACACUGGGGGAGUGUGGUCUCAUCUCCUUCUCUGAUUACAUCUUCCUCACUAUCGUGCUCUCUACGCCCCAGAGGAACUUUGAGAUCGCCUUCAAGAUGUUUGAUCUGAACGGAGACGGAGAGGUGGACCUGGAGGAGUUUGAACAGGUCCAGAGUAUCAUCAGGUCUCAGACCAGUAUGGGGAUGCGUCACCGGGACCGCUCCACUACGGGUAACACCCUGAAGACUGGCGGCUGCAGCUCCGCUCUUACCACAUACUUCUUUGGUGCCGAUCUGAAGGACAAACUGACCAUUGGACACUUCCUGGAGUUCCAGAGAAAACUGCAACAUGAUGUCCUCAAACUAGAGUUUAUGCGUAAUGACCCAGUGGAUGGGUGCAUAACAGAGAGACAGUUUGGAGGCAUGCUGCUGUCCUACAGUGGGAUCCAGUCACACAAACACAAACAGAUGCAGAAGGGACUCAAGAAGAUGUUCAGAGAUGCCCAGGGCAUUACGUUUGAAGAGGUGAAAAAUUUCUUUACCUUCCUGAAAAAUGUCAAUGAUGUGGACACAGCUCUGAGUUUCCACCACAUGGCCGGAGCCUCCAUAGACAAAGCCACGAUGAAGCAGGUAGCUCGUACGGUGGCUAAAGUGGAUCUGUCUGAUCAUGUGUGUGACGUUGUGUUUGCUCUGUUCGACUGUGAUGGUAAUGGAGAACUGAGUAAUAAGGAGUUUGUAGCCAUAAUGAAGCAGCGCCUGAUGCGAGGUCUAGAGAAACCUAAAGACAUGGGUUUCACCCGGUUGGUACGAGCCAUGUUGAAGUGUGCCCAAGACACCGCACGGGAGAUCGCCUCUCCCAAACAGAAUUAGAGACCUGUGUCUAUGUGUCUGUGUCUGUCUGUGUCUGUGUGUGUGUGUGUCUGUGUGUGUGUGUCUGUGUCUGUGUGUGUGUGUGUGUCUGUCUGUGUCUGUGUGUGUCUGUGUGUGUGUGUGUCUGUGUCUGUGUCUGUGUGUGUGUGUGUGUGUCUGUGAGUGUCUGUGAGGUCUACUCUACACAAAGACCAGCCAGAGGCUUCCAUCCUCUUUCUUCUCUUCUUUUAAAUGCCAACAAUAGGCAACUAUAACUCAGUAUAUCUCAUCAGAACAGAGGGUGAUUCAACUCAUUAGGACCUCAGAUAUGAUGGGAAUAUAAUCAGUCACGUAAUCUACUAUGUGCUUAGUUGGGCAUUAUACUAAGGGCUGUAUCCCAAAUGGCACCCUAUUCCCUAUACAGUACCCUAUUCCCUAUACGGUACAUUUGGAAGUGUUCAGACCCCUUGACUCAUUCCACAUUCUGUAACGUUA